GCUAGUACAGCUCGAAGGAGCGGCGUGGCAGUUCAUGUCACCCUGCCCUUACUCUGCGGCGUCAUUCAGAAGUGCGAAGCAAAACCAGAAGAGACCAAACCAGCUGAAGCUGUGACAGGGAACGAUAUCACAGCACCUCCCAACAAAGAGCUUCCUCCCAGUCCUGAGAAGAAGACAAAGCCUGCCGCAUCCACAUCAUCUACAAAGCCUGCAGCAACGAAAGCCAGGCCCCUGUCCGCUACCAGCCCCAAGCGGCCAGCCUCUGCCACGCCUGGCCCAAACAAAAAACCCACGAGCCCUACUGCAGGUCCUACUUCAGCCACUACUACUAAACGCCCAGCCACCAGUACUACACGUCCCUCCACCUUAACUCCAAAAGAGACCAAACCAAAGGUUGCAGAUACGAAGACCACAGAUAAGCGGACCUCACUUUCAAAGCCUCCAUCAUCUGCCACUCCUAGAACUACUGCCAGGAGCAGCCCUGCUACUCCUAGGACAACGGCGGCAUCGCCAGUCACUGCAGCUGCUGGUGCGAAAAAUACUGCUACUUCUCCACCGAAGAGGCCAACAUCUAUCAAGACUGAUGCAAAGCCUGCAGAUGCCAAGAAGACCUCUGCAAAGUCUCCAUCAGCAGACUUGAGCCGCCCUAAGAGUGCUACUGGAAAUGCAGUAAAAAGUAGUGCCACCACUCCUUCUACCACCGCCUCCAGCGCACCUACCUUACCUGGAGUAACUACCAGUCGUCCCAAAACCAAGCCUGCUGCAACCAAACCCGCCACAACCUCAACUGCAACAGCAGAUGCUAAAAAAACAACUGCUAAGGCUCCGACUAAACCCAGCACUGUUUCCAAGCCACCUCGCCCCACCAGCAGCGUUUCUGCUCCAGAUCUGAAAAAUGUACGUUCCAAAAUUGGAUCAACAGAUAACAUUAAACAUCAGCCAGGUGGAGGAAAGGGGAAAAUAGAGAAAAAGCCAGAAUCAGCCGCUGCUGCACGAAAGUCUGAACCCAAUGCAGUCUCUAAAAUGGCUACUACUAAAACAACCGUAUCAAAAGAGGGUGCCCCAAAACAGCCCAAUGGGAAAGUCCAGAUAGUCUCCAAAAAAGCGAACUACAGCCAUGUUCAGUCCAAGUGUGGUUCCAAGGACAAUAUUAAGCAUGUCCCUGGAGGUGGGAAUGUGCAGAUCCAGAACAAGAAAGUUGACCUUUCCAAAGUGUCCUCGAAGUGUGGCUCUAAGGCAAAUAUCAAGCAUAAGCCAGGGGGAGGAGAUGUCAAAAUUGAGAACCAGAAGCUGAACUUCAAGGAGAAGGCCCAAGCCAAAGUGGGUUCUCUGGACAACGUGGGACACUUACCAGCAGGAGGAACUGUGAAGAUUGAAUCUCACAAGCUGACGUUCCGUGAGAAGGCCAAGGCUCGAACAGACCACGGAGCGGAAAUCGUCGUCUCCAAACCCCCCAACCUUUCCAGCAGCACUUCCCCCUGGCGUAGCACAUCCGUCAGCGAGAGCCUGGGCUCAGUCGCCUCCUUGUCACCGCUGCAACAGCCAGCUCCCCUUGCAGCGCUUUCUCAGCAAGGCUUGUGA